AUGAACAGACUUCUCGGACGCAGGCAAACCACAUCUUCAGGCCAUACGUCUCCUGAUACCAUGUCUCUUCCUGGUUCCGCCAGCCCUCCAGAUGUAGGGAUUGACAUAUCAUCCACCGACUAUGCCCUCAGGCGUAGAGAGCUUAUGAAAAUGAUGUCUGACCUCAAAUCCAUGGGUGCCGAGGCGCUCAUCGACUUACCAUCCGUAGUCGUCAUCGGUGGCCAAUCAGCGGGCAAAAGCUCGCUUGUCGAAGCCGUUAGUGGGGUACAUCAAUGUCCCGAGAGACAGCGGAACAUGUACAAGGUGACCUUGCCACCAUCAGUCACUGCAAGGGAUGCUUAUGCUACUCUAUGGAGAUGCCCUAUGGAAUGUACAAUGUCUAGUUAUGCCACGUCAUGGUCUUGCACUAUCACCUUACGGAUGGGCUUCGAUAAUAACGGCAAAGACAUGCCAAAGACUGUUACGGUGCCCUUCGGCCGAGCGAUUACUGACAGAAAUGAGGUUGAAGUUUGGCUGCGUCGUGCUCAGGCAGCCAUUCUGAACCCUAACGUCCCUUCCUCGAGUUUUCACAGGAAGACUAUCGAAGAACUCAGGAGCUUAAAGAAUACACUGAAGUUCUCCCGAAACGUGGUGUGCGUCUCGAUUGAAGAUCCCGAUGCGACAGACUUGUCGUUCUAUGACCUACCUGGUUUGAUCCAAAACGAAGAAGCCGAAACUGUUGCCCUCGUGAAAAGUCUGGCGGAACAUUACACCAAGAAAGAGAACACCAUCAUAUUGACCACAAUUCCUAUGAGUGGUGUCCUUACGAAACCUGACACGCUCGGCGCCGGUGCUAUCAACCAGCGCCGAAAAUGGGUAGAAAUCAUUGAGGGUCGCUCGGAGGAUCACACAUUAAGACACGGUUUUUACUGCGUGCGUCUUCCCGAUGAUGCCGAACGGACACAACGCCUGUCUCGUGCUGAAUCGCAAAGGCGUGCUGCUGAAUACUUCGAUACGACGUCGCCCUGGAAUAGCGUGACCGACCGUCAUCGGUUUGGAAUUCCGGGUUUUGUCUCCGAUCUCGCUUGCUAUAACAGAACUUACGUUGCUUAUAGUUUACCGCGCCUCAGAGAAGAUAUCGACAAGCUCCUUGCCCAAUGCAACAAGGAAUUCGAUGCAUUACCCCCGCCACUUGCAGAUGACCCGCAGAUUGAGGUUUUGGGGCGUGUUAAUGCAUUCUGCGAUGUCUUCAAGGGCUUCGUGAAUGGCAGUCAUGAAGACAAAAUUCUUGCGCAGCGGAACCGCGCGCUCUAUGCUAUCUUUAAGAGGGAUAUACGCGGCACUGCUCCUGACUUUAGGCCUCUUGAAAACCCGGAAGAGUGUCCUCCACUGGAUGAUACCCAAGGGAAGAUGACUCUUACUGAACGAGAUCCUGGCGUGAAAAUGAUGGGUAUAUAUGACAUCAGCAAAGUCAUCCAAGAGGCAAUUGGAUGGGAGCUUCCAAACAACGUACCAUAUCAGGCGAAGGCGAACCUCAUAGCUCAAUUCGUCAAACUCUGGGUUGCUCCGUCUGAGCGCUGUCUCGCUGGCAUCAAUGACGUGCUCGAUCAAGUUAUCGACACACUCAUAAGUGUCCAUUUUGGACGCUUCAAAGUGCUCGAGGGUUAUGUUGGCAAUUUGAUAAGAAUUCAGGUUGAUAUCUGCAAGGCGCUCACCAAAGAAGCUGUCAAAAUAGCUUUGGAUUUGGAAACUACCCCAUACUAUACUCAAAACACUCACUAUCUUCAAACACCUGUACUUCCUGAAGUCGCUAACCCAUAUUAUCGCGGCGAGUCUCCUGAGUCCAAAGCUUUGAGGGCUCUUGCGGAGGCGGGGUAUACAGGUCUUAGCAUACCAGAUCUCGCGCGUCUGUUACCUCCCGACUCACGCGAGAAAGAGCUAAUCGUGAUGGCUGAUGUUCGAGCUUAUUAUCACGUCGCCUACAAGCGCAUCAUUGACCAUAUUCCUCUGACGAUCGAGCAUGCUCUCCACCAUGCCCUGGCGGAACAACUGUCGCAAAGCCUUCUCACGAGCUUGCUGACCGAUGUUGCAUCUGGGCCCAAUUUCUCUGAGCGUAUGAACGAGUUGGUCAGUGAGGACGCUUCCAUCGCUCAGAAACGUGCAUCGCUCUCGACGAGGAAACAGCGCCUAUCGGGCAUUCGCCGGAGACUCAUGACUUUCGGUAACGGUACUUGA